UACGUUUAAACGUUAUUUAAAAACAAGACGAGAUGGAUUAUUAUUUUUGUUGUCUGUUAGUGUGUAGGUAUACAAUCGUUUCUGUUCAUAGUUUAGUUACGGGCAUGCAAUCAUCCCGAAUUUGUUGACCUCUUCAAAGACUGUAAUAGUUAUAAUUUCUGAAUUCAACUCGACAAUGAAUUACAUGAAGGUAUACUUUCCAUAAUUAGUUAAUGCGAACAUUUGUUUUAACGUCAGAAUUCAUGCAAUGAAACAUAUUUUUAGUAUCAAUAACAUGCUGGAUAACAAUGAUGAAGAUUCGUCGUGCACUUGCAAGUGGGAAAAUUGUGAUUUGUAUAUGAAUAAAACAGAACUGCCAAAACAUGUAAUAGAUCACAUUGCUCCAGAAUCCCAAGGGUUGUUCUAUUGCAAAUGGAAAAGUUGUACGAGAGGAGAUCGAGCUUUUAACGCCAAAUUGACUUUUAGGUACAAAAUAUUAGUCCACAUACGCACUCAUACAAACGACAAGCCGCAUCAAUGCUAUAUAUGUGGUAAAAGCUUUACGCGGGCUGAAAAUUUGAAGAUUCAUGCUCGUUCGCAUACAGGUGAGAAACCGUACGUUUGUUCAGUAAAUGGAUGUAACAAGGCAUAUUCCAAUACAAGCGAUCGCUUCAAGCACACCCGAACCCACUUCAUCGAAAAACCAUACGCUUGUCGAGUGGAUAGCUGUCUGAAAAGAUAUACGGACCCUAGUUCUUUAAGAAAACAUGCUAAAAGUCAUAAUCAUCAAGUAAAGAUGAUAUUGACGCAAGAUACGAAUCCGUGUUGUUCAUCGUCGGUUUUCAUAAAUCCUGCUUGUUCAGCAUAUUCCAUUUCCAACGUUAUUGACCAACCAUUAGAUUUAUCAAUUCGUUGGAAAAAAUAAUUGUACUAUAAAGUAGUGUUUAAUGUUUUAGUGCAAAUGAUAAUUAGUCAACCAUGUAUAUGGAUAAUGGAUUUAUCAUAAUAAUUAAUGUACAUACUUUUACGUCUUAUACAUUUUGUUUUAUUAUUGUGCACGAUGAGUUUUUAAAAUUAUCGAUUUAAAUAAAAGUUUUGAAAUCAUUUCCGCUAUUUUACUAUAGCGAAUUUAUAUAUUUUUUUUUAUCUACGUAUAAUCUAUAGCAAUAUUACAAUAGUACUUAUCAUCAGAAUUUAUUAAUUACUAAUUAUUAUUAUAGUAAUUAGAGUAGUGUUGAUAUUAUGUAUGUUAGAAUUAAUAAUUAAUUAUCAUAUUUACUUUGAUCAAUUAACUUUUUUUUUAAUAUACAAUGUUACAUUCAACCAAUGUGUGACCUACAAAUGUAUAGUAAUCUCUAAAAUGUCCUUCGGGUCACUAAUGACAUGACCUACCUACUACUACCUACAACUAUAUCUAUACAAAUAGAUACUUUUUUAUGAUUAAUAUAUUAAUCUUAAUUUAAAUAUGAUAUCAUGUAUUCCUCACACAUAUUUGACCUAAUUUUUUGUAAGUUAACAUAAUAUUUAUAUAAUACCUUUUUACUAUUAUCAAUUAAUAUUUAAUAAAGUCAACAUAAACAUAUA